CGUAGACUUAGUAUUAUAGGCCGUACUACUAAGUACACUACCCCUUUAUAUAGGAGAUUCUCUCUCUCUGUAGUAGCUCCUUAUACAACUGCAAUUCUGACAAGUACAAACGUCAUUGCUCGUCCGGGAAUUUCUGAAUCCCCUCAAUUUCCCCCCAAUUCAACCACAACCCAGCAAUGACGGUACGGAUAAGUGUUAGGACAAGCCAGGGCUCGGUCCCAGCUCUGCGGAGUGCAUUGGCACAGAGAGGAGGAAAUUUGACUUGUAGGAGGUGGAAGUCAGGACCAUAUGGGUAUACACAGGCGAAAGCGCUGGUAUAUUCGAAGUAUGGGGAGCCGUCUGAUGUUUUAUCUCUACACAACCACUCCAUCUCCCCCUCCCUGCCCUCAACAUCCCUCCUCCUCCGCACUCUCGCCACACCCAUAAACCCAGCAGAUAUAAAUCAAAUCCAAGGAGUCUACCCCUCCAAACCACCCUUCACCUCCUUGCUAGGCACCUCCUCCCCCAGCGCCGUUGCCGGCAAUGAAGGCUGCUUCGAAGUCUCCGCCAUCGGCUCCUCCAUCAAAACCCUCCAGAAAGGCGACUGGGUAAUAAUGAAGAAUACCGGCUUCGGAACAUGGCGCACACACGCCGAAGCCACCGAAUCUGCUGUAUUGAAAAUCGAGAACAAGGAGGGCUUGACACCAAUCCAAGUCGGUACCGUGUCUGUCAAUCCAUGCACAGCGUACCGCAUGUUAAAAGACUUCGAGACUCUAGACGAAGGAGACUGGUUCAUCCAAAACGGAGCAAACAGCGGCGUCGGCCGAGCAGCCAUCCAACUCGGUGCACUCUGGGGUCUCAAAUCCAUAAACGUCAUCCGCGACCGCCCAGACGCAGCAGCUACACAAACAAUGAAAGAUGAACUGCUAGCUCUAGGCGCCACAAAAGUCGUUACGGAGUCUGAACUCAUGGAUAAAUCCUUCUCUGAACAAAUCAAGGAAUGGACAUCUGGAGGCCGCGAGAAAGUAAAAGUCGGACUCAACUGCGUAGGCGGUAAACCGACCGCUGCGCUCGUGAAAUGUCUCUCCCAAUCAGGCCAUCUCGUUACGUACGGUGCGAUGUCGAAACAGCCGCUUAUGCUACCGACUGGGGCGUUGAUAUUCAAGGAUAUUAAGUUUAGUGGAUUCUGGGUUAGUAGGUGGAGUGAUGCGAAUCCUGAGGAGAAGAAGAGGACUGUGGAGGAAAUACUGCAUUUGACGAGAGAGGGGAGGUUUAGGGAUAUUCCGGUGCAGGAGGUUACUUGGGAUUGGGGGACUGAGGAGGGGGUGUUGAAGGGUGCGGUUGAGGGGACGUUGGGGGGUUUUAGGGCAGGGAAGGGGGUGUUUGUUUUUGGAGAGACCUGAAGAGAUGUGGAGAUGAGAUGCUGUAGAAAUACUUGUACAAAUGAUGAAGUGCUGGAUUCUCAGCUGAGAGGUUGAGAAAGUCCUAUUGUGUGCCAUUCUAAAAAGUGGUAUCAUCACUCGCAUUUUCAGAAGUCUAAAGGAUGGUCUUGCUUAGACAUUGAGCGAUACUUACGACGUGGACUUCAGAAUGAAGCGAAUAGCAAU